UCUCAGGUAAUUGGUAGACCAACGAAGGAAAAUAAAUAUGCGAUAGAAUGCUAAUGUUGGAAACAAGCAAAACAGCCUUAGGAAAGGAAUAUGCUAUGGUACAAUCUCGGAUGCUUUUCUUUUACAAAUCUGAGUUUUAAGAACGAACGAAAACAUGUUAUGACUGUGAGGUUGUUGAUGAUGUUGAUGCUGCUGGUUUCUUCGACUUGGGUUGCAUGGAGUGGGAUAGACCGCGAUGUCCUGCCAUCACGACCUUGUUCAACUGCUGUCGACCAUCAGCCAAGAAGUUCCACGUCUUGCCGGUAUCAGGAUAUAUAUGCCAAUCAGAAAAGCAAGAGCCCCACAUGAAGUCAAAGUUGGGUGUAUCCUCUG